UUUGGAAGAGUCUGAUCAAGUAACAGAACUAGUAUGGAAUUACCUUGUAAUCUGCAUGUCUCAUAAAAAUACCUGAUCAUGUCUGAAUAUGAAAAUAAGUCUGCACUAAAAGGAGUGCGUUCAGGGCUUAAGGAACUGUUUCUCCUGGCAAAUUGGCAGGAAAUAGCCCAAAAAGGCAGCUGUCAAACUGGCAGAGAAGAAUAUAAAAUUCCUUCAACAUGGAGUGUGCAAAAGAUGGCUGUUCCCUGUCACCUUUUGCACUCUCCAUCUUUUUUAAGAGGUUAAGGCUGUAAAAGCAUCAACCAAAAUAGAAGUUAAAGCAUCAGGACAGAAAACUCAGCAAUAUGCCUUUUAAUUUUAAAUGUACAAAAAGAAAGAAAAUUUAAUGGAGUGAAACAGGAGUUAUUGUUUGGGAAAAGGAAAUAUUUCAUAUUUAAUGAAAAUUUAUAUUCAGUCAUGAAUGGCAAAUCUGCUGAGCAAGGAGAUGAUGCCAAAAAUGUUUGAUGCAGGACCAAUGAAACAUAUAGAUGACUGAAGAAAACAAAUUUCCACAAACGUUUUUCAGGAUGACAUAACUCACGUUACCAGCAAGCAGUUCACAUCUCAAUCCAAACAAAUAUUUAUGGUGGAAAUUUUAGAAAACAAAUAAAAUGGGUCUAUUAGGAAACCUCCAGCCCAAGCUGAUCUGAUAACUCCUCUAAGAGAAAGCUGAAGCCUGACUGAUGAAAAAUCAAUAUAAAACUGAACUGCCUUUUGGGGAAUAAUACAUUUGUCUUAACUGAAAAUCUGUAGGUUGGUUUCGGUGCUGACCUGAAAAAAAAAAUGGAUGUUUUACUAAAUUUGUAUGUUGAAAUUUGUUAUUUUUUCUGCAGAAUUAACAUAAUUAAAGAACAUAGACAGAGUAUAUCAUUUUUGCCAGAGGUUUUUAGAUAGUUUUAGAAUUGUGCAAACUUCUAUAUUCACAUUUCCCUGGAUAAACUCCUGAUCUUUACAAAUAAAAUGUAAAUGUAGGGUAGCUGCUGUGUGCUUCCAGUCGCCCCACCCAGCUGAAGGCUCUCCAGUCUGGUGGGAAAACUCCCCCUCCCGGUCGGGAAAAUCAUAAACGGGAUCAGAUUUGGGGCGGAAGGGAUGGGGAUAGAGAUGUCUGAACUUGUGGAUAUUUUCAAAUAAACAUUGACUGGUCAUUCGUUUUCUGCGCUUAUCUGCUGGGGGUGAAGCUGGUGGUGGAGGAUGCGGGGUCGCUGACGCUGACUUCACCGGUGCUGGAUGCUGAGACACUGAUGACGGGCCGAGGCUCGGUAACAUCUUCCUGUAACGUGGAUGGAGCCCUGUGUCGAUAGACGAUAGAUCAGUGUUGAAAAGCAACAGGCCAGUCAGAUCCGGUCUAAAAAAGCGGGGACCCGGUGGGAGGGAGAGUGAUCGUGGCGGCGGCAUGUUCUGAGCGGAGAGCCGACGAGCAGCGGCGGCUGGCGGGAUGAAGGUUCCGAGGAGACCGAGGCACACGCUGUUCCUUCCCCGGUUCUGCGUCGGUGGACUCGGUCUGCUUGCAGCUGCCUGGAUCUUUCAUUUUAAUGAUGUUACAGGCUCUGCUCUCCAAACUCAUGACAUCUUGUCAAAGAGAGAGCUCAUCCAGCACAAAGAAGACAACCAGAGUGGCAGUAUUUCUAGAUCUGCUAUCAAUGAGUUUCCAGAAGACAUUUUUACUGUGGAUCAGAGGAGACAAGGAGCGGUGCUCCUUCAUGUUCUCUGUGCUAUCUACAUGUUUCAUGCACUUGCCAUAGUGUGUGAUGUUUACUUUGUGCCAUCACUGGAAAAAGUGUCAGAGAACCUUCAGCUCAGUCAGGAUGUUGCUGGAGCAACCUUCAUGGCCGCUGGGAGCUCCGCCCCAGAGCUCUUCACCUCUUUGAUUGGGGUGUUUAUCACAAAGGGAGAUGUUGGUGUGGGAACUAUUGUGGGAUCUGCUGUUUUUAACAUCCUCGUCAUCAUCGGCCUCUGCGGCAUUUUCUCCGGACAGCCAAUCUCUCUAAGCUGGUGGCCUCUGUUCCGUGAUUCUGUUUUCUACAUCCUGUCCAUAUUGGUGCUUAUUUUGGUGAUCUAUGAUGAAAAAGUCCUGUGGUGGGAGACCAUCAUCCUGAUCUCCAUGUAUGGAAUCUAUAUCAUCAUCAUGAAGUUCAACCGAUCUUUGUGCUGCCUGGUAGAGAGACAUUGCAGAGUGGACGGCCAGCCGUGCCUGAGCAGCCUGCGACGGACAACUGCUGUCGGAAACGCUGGCGACUGUGACAAUGAUAUGGUUCCCCUGAAGCCAGGUGCAGGAGCUCGAGUUUACUCGUGCGUGGUGGCCGGUCAGGACUCAGCAGUGGUGAUGGUGGAUGAGUUACUGAAUCUGCACCCCCAUCAGCUCACCUUCUCAGAGGCAAGCCUCCGCCUUCUCAUCACCCCGCAUUUUCCCCCCUACACCCGCCUGCGUAUGGCAGGACGCAUAGUCAUCAAUGAGAGGCAGAGGCUGAUUCGGGCUCAGGUGAACCCAGAGGAGGGUGCGGCUUUGGAGGAGGAAGGUUUAGGGGCAAGUGGAACUUUGGGGAGGGAGAACGGGACGGCAGCUGAGGGAGACAGACAACUACUGGAGGGGGAGAGGGUUAAAGAGACGAGUGGAGAGGUUGGUGGGGGUGCGCAGCUGAAGGAGGAAGAAGAGGAGGAGGAAGAGCAGGUUGAAGAAAAGGAUGAGAAUGCUCCUUUCAAACCUUUCGUCCUGCCAGACAGUUGGUGUGUGCGACUGAAAUGGCUGCUCUCUUGGCCCGUGAGCUUCCUGCUUCACUGCACCAUCCCUGACUGUAACCAGCCGCGUUGGGAGCGUUGGUACCUGCUCACAUUCCUGUCCUCUACACUCUGGAUAGCCCUCUUCUCCUACCUCAUGGUCUGGAUGGUUACCAUUAUCAGCUACACACUUGGAAUCCCAGAUGUCAUCAUGGGCAUCACUUUUCUAGCAGCUGGCACCAGUGUUCCCGACUGUAUGGCCAGUCUCAUCGUCGCCCGACAAGGGAUGGGUGACAUGGCUGUCUCGAACUCCAUUGGCAGUAAUAUCUUUGACGUGCUGCUGGGCCUGGGCUUCCCUUGGGCACUCAGGACUUUGAUAGUCAGCUAUGGAUCAGUGGUGACAAUCAACAGCAAAGGUCUGGUGUACUCCGUGAUUUUGCUGCUUGCUUCGGUCACACUAACUGUUCUGUGUGUCCAUCUGAACCGCUGGAAGUUGGACCGCAGGCUGGGCCUCUGUCUCCUGCUGCUUUAUUCCAUCUUCCUCCUUUGCUCCGUCAGCUUUGAAAGGCUUUAGACGACAAAUUACUCCGCAUACACACUGAUGGGGUAGCCUGACUUGUUUUUCACCUUCACUGCUGCCAUCAGGUGUGUGCAGAGAGUAAUUUUAAUUUCAUUUCACAGUGGCUGUACAUCUUUAAGCAGCAUUACUGUGACACUGGAUCUCUGUAAGCGACAUUGUUUACCUUUAACAAAUGAGUAUUUUAAAUAGUUUUGUACCGAAGCACCUGCAGCCCAAAUUUUGUGAAAUCGGACCCAAAUGCUAAUGCACUAUUUGUCACAAUCAAUGUAUAAAGUGUUGAAUUUGUAUUCUGAGAUGAAGAGUAUUGUAUGAGGAACCCCAGUGUGUUAGUUUACUAAAUACUUUAUAACUGCCACAAAUAACCUCAAUGACAAGAUUAUACAUGUGCGUUUAUGUAGCUGCUUCUUAGUUUGUGCACUUUUUCCAUGUUUGACGUCACAGUUGUCAUCACACCUUUGUGUCUGUAGCUGUACUCAUCAUAGCAUGGCUGCUCAGCACGCUCCAGAUAGUUGCACUAAGCCACUGUUGUCCUGGCCUUGUACAUGAAGCCCUCCUUCCCAUAAUGCUUCUCAACUCUGAGGUGUUUUUGAAUGUCUCUCUGAAGAGUCCUUGAGUAUUUGUUCUUGAGGCAUGAGUGCAAUAAAACAUUUUAUUCUG